CGAAAGACCGAGGACGGUGUCCUUUACUUACCCUUAGGGAGGUAGGGUCCUCUAAACCAUCACUGUCUCGAAGAGAUAAUGCGACCGAAAACCUAUAUCGGGCUAAAUGGCCUCCCUCUGUCCGGCUUCGACUUUGUGGUUGCCGAACGACCUAAAUACAUCCCGGGCUCUGGACCACCGCUAGCCCCCAUCUCUGCCAUACCUGUACAUGACCGGGACGGGUUCAUCAUCAACAAAGUCCAGUUCCAGAAGCAGCUACGGUACCUUGUUGGGUAUGAGGAUCAGCCGCAUCUGAGGGUCAGUGUGCAGCCGCAGAAUAUCCUCGAUUGGGUUUCCCGCUGGGCGCUGGAGAAGUGGGAGUCGGACAGUUAUGAGGCGGAAGAGAGACGGCGGGAGGAGGAGGAGUUGCCAGCAAUUCUGGCCAAGGAGGAGAGGAGGCGGAAGCGGUUGGAGGCGAUGUCACGUGCAGCCAAAGGGGUUGAUGGUAGAAAACUGAAGAGAAAGAGGAUCUUCGACGACGACGCACCAAGAAAGACAGCGAGACUGCGCAGGAUCAGAAUGAGAAGCCCUCCUAAAGAAAGCCCUCCCGGGCCUCUCAAAGCUGCAGGUCGCCGUGCUCCCGGCCAGAGACAUCAGGUUGAGGAGGAGGAGGUUGUGUUUACAUCCCCCAGGCUCUCCCAACACUCUCAGCAGCAACCUUCUUUGUCAACUCCAUCCCGAAGACUUGUCAACAGGAAUCUUCUAGAUUCAGAGAGUGAGGAGAUUGGAUCCAUAGACACAGAUCUUGCCCUUGAUCUCCAAUUGAAAGGCCUUCCGAGCAUGGCGCAGUCUUCCCGAUCUGUCAGCGCGUCACUUGAUCCCGGCGAGGAAACCUCUACCUCGACGCGAUCAGAACGCGACUCCUCACCUGCGUCGCCUCUCUACGGUCAGAGUGCUGUCGCAGCUACCUCCAGUCGAGAGGCACUCAAAAUCUACGAGGAGCUGGAACGGAAGAAGAAUCCUGACGCGGCAUUACUCUCUCGAAGCCCCAAAUCCCCGUUCAAGAGAAAGCUCUACCCUAUCUUCGAUAAGCCCUCCAAGCCAAGCCUUUCAAUCCCCCUUCGAACUCAGCCGUCCCCGCUCUCAGUGUCCAAGAUGUCUGAGCUUGAACCGGAGCCAGAAGAGGAGUCAGAAGAGGAGAAGCAAGACCAGAAGCAAAAUGAUGAACAGAACAAGAAGCAAGAUGAAGAAUCGAGCGAAGAGCCAGAUGAAGGAGGAGAAGAAUCUGAGUACGAAGUUAAUGCUAUCCUUGACGAACAAGUCCGAAAGGAGGACGGCAGGCGUGUUCUCUACUACCUGAUCAACUGGGUGGGCGAUUAUGCCAACUCUUGGGAGCCGAUGGAGAACGUGGGCGACGAAGCUAUCAGAGUCUACAAGGAGAAACGGCGCCGAGAUAGAAUCAUGGGGAUCGAUGGUACCAGAGAGAGUAGUGAUGAUGGAGGAUCAUUCGUCACGCCCGAGAAGCCGAAAUAUGGAGAUAUGCAUGGGAAGGCAAAGGGAACGACUCCAGCGGAGCCACACAGAGGACGACUCAUGUAUGACCAGAAUGAUGAUGAGGAUGAGGUUGAUCAAUUGAGCUAUUGACCAUCCAGGUCCUAAGGCUAGCUGGGGCAUACAUGGCAUUCGGUAGAACAGAUACAUUUGGCGCACUGGGUUCUUGAUCACGCGUGGCAAGGUUGCAUGUUGGGCAGGGACGCUUUGAGCACUCAUCAGUACAGAGAUAUCAAUCCGGA